UGUCAUAUGAUAAACCUUGCAAGAGGAGGAGGAACUUGGUUUGAACUCUUCAGUUGUGCUAACCUGUUCUGACAAAGACAUCAUGAGGGCAGCAGUAACCCUCCUGGCUCUCUCGCUCCUUCAUGUCUGCUCUUCAGUCCCAAUCAGCCGCCCAACCAACUGGCUCAGACAAUGUCGAGCCUCCGCCAACAUCUCCAUCACCGCACUGGAGGUGCUGCCAGGUGGGGGCUGGGACAACCUCCGUAACAUGGAUAUGGGACGAGUCAUGAACCUGAGCUACUUCGAGUGCCAGACCACUGAGGACGGGAUCUACCUCAUCCCAGACGAGGUGUUCGUCAUCCCCCACAAGGAGACAGCCAUUGAGAAAAACUCAGAGAUAAUCAGCUCCUGGCUGGAGCAGACAAGCUCGACAUCUAACUCCAUAAAUGCUGACGUAUCAUUUCUCAUGAUGCUUAAUGGGAAAUUUUCUGUAGAGAACCAAAGAAUGAAAACCCAUCAGGUCAAAGACUCUUCAACUACAGUCAGAGUGCAAGUUCGUAACUUGAUCUACACAGUAAAGGCGUAUCCGCACUUUGCUCUGGACACUCGCUUUGCUCAACAAGUCAAAGAGAUAGCCGAUGCCAUUGAGAACAAUCAAAUAAGAAAUGCAGACUAUCUCUCAGAGAAGAUGGUGUUAGACUAUGGAACCCAUGUUAUCACAAGUGUUGAUGCCGGGGCUACUUUGGUGGAGGAAGACUACCUCCGCUCCUCGUAUGUGUCUGACAGUUCUUCAGACAGUUCUACCAUCAAAGCACAGGCAGGGUUGAACUUCUUUGACGACCCCAAGUUUGACAUAAGCAGUCAAAGCACCCAACAGAGCUCAUCACUUAAGGCAUAUCAGUCCAAUAUUACGUACUCUCUUACCCAAAGCCAUGGUGGUGGCACACCUUCUUAUCCUGUAAUAACUCUGCAGGAGUGGCAGGAAAGUACCCGAAACAACCUGGUUGCUAUUGAUAGGUCUGGAUUUCCCCUGCACUCUUUCAUAAACACAAACACCAUUCCUGAUCUGCCACCGCCUACUAUUGUCAAAGUGGCUUCCAAAGUGAGUCAGGCUAUAGAUCAGUACUAUAAAGUCAACAUGAGGCCUGGAUGUGUUGACAUCAACUCCAAGAACUUCAACUUCCAGGCUAAUAUCGAUGAUUCGUCCUGCGAGGGCCCCGCUACAAACCUCAGCUUUGGCGGCGUCUACCAAGAGUGUGUUCAAAUGAGCUCAGACGCAGGUCCACUAUGUGACGCACUGGCCCAGAAAAACUUAGAAACAGGUGAAUUCUCCUGCCGUUUUCCUUACAACUCCACUUUACUGAGAUCAGAAGUGAGACAGCAGGGUUACAAGUCAAAUGACUGCUACGACGAACCUUAUUGGUGUGGGUUUUUAUGGCUUUCAGAGUGCCAUCGUCAAGUGUGUCAGGACAACGACCACGUCCGCACUGCCCGCAUUGACACAUACUGGUGCUCUGUAAACGGAACAGCUCCAGACAACUCAGGGUAUCUGUUCGGAGGAAUUUAUAGCCCCUCUCUCCUGAACCCCCUCACCAAUGCAAAAAGCUGCCCACAAAACUUCAUUCCAGUUAAAUUUCUCUCUGAUGGACAAAUGAUCUGUGUGAGCAAGGACUAUGAGACUGGCACCAGAUUCUCAGUACCAUUCGGAGGCCUCUUUAGUUGUCAGUCAGGCAACCCAAUAUCUGGUUCCCAACAUCGUUGCCCUCCCAAGUUCAGUCAGCAUCUUGUUUCAGUGAGCGAUGGCUGUGAAAUCCUUUAUUGUGUCCAGUCAGGGCAGUUCACAGGUGGACAGCUGCUUCCUAUCGAGCUGCCUCCUUUUAGCAAACCUCCACCUACCUCCUUUAUGCAAAAGCUUAACCCAGAACUGUAUGAGAUGUCUAGUGGAGAGAAGGCUGGAGUAGCAUUUGGGGUGAUUGGUAUUAUAGCGUUGGUGGCAGUGGUGGUAGUUGUGGCAGUACUGGCGGUAGUCCUGGUGAAGAGAAGGAAGAAUCCGGAUCGAGAGGGACUGAUACAGCAGGAUGAGCUUUUAUGAAAGAAAAGCAGUUUAGAGGCUUUGAAACCAGAGAUGUUUUUUUUUUACUUUACCUUUCGAAUCAUUGAAUGUUGGAGUGGAUUAUGUUCAUGUUCUGUAUCUGAGGGCUCCUUGCUUAAAUAUGAUUGACACUGCAAUACAAUCUUUUUUGUUUUAACCAACCAGUUAUUAAAAUAACUCACAGCUCAGGAAAGACAUUAUUUUCUGAUAGCCUAAUAUGCACUUUUUUGUUCAUUAUAAGUCAAAUUUGUCUUUAUUAGUCCCGUAACAGAAAUCAGCAUUUGAUGUCCCAAUAAGUCUCAUAACACAAAGCAGAGGGCCAUAGUGAACCAACACUGCCCUCAUGAGGCUGAGAUGCACAGUGUCAUGUAAUAGAUCGUUUGUAUUCACUUAUUGAAAACUUGAAUGCGAUGCUUGACACUUUCACCAAUAUAUAGAUAUCAUUGUUUUUAAGCAUUACCACUGAAAUAUAUAUAUAAAUAAGCAUAAGUUUAUGUUUUGUGUCUUGCUUCUAAAAUUGAAUAGAAUUUUAAUUGUAUGUUGACUUAACUCUUCUGAUGGCACUUAACUUUUAAUAAAGUCUUUUAACCCAA